CCACUUUAACGAUAACAGCAAUUAAAGAAAAGAAAUAUAUUCCAAACUUUUAAAGCCUUACAUAUUUCACUUAAAAACGUGAUUUAACUUACGCAUUUGUUUGACUAUUCAAUACCUAAGACAUAAUUUCCCGGGGGCAAAAGUAAUGCGUUUCACGAUGGAAAUUUGUUACGGUUGGUAGUACACAUCACGUCCUGUUCGUGUCCGCUGCGGUCUCCUGUCAAUAAUGAACUAACGUCAAAAAAUUGGAACCGGUAGAAUCUGGCAUUUUAUUAUAUUUGUGUAUUCUUAGAAGUAAUUUGACGUUAGCACAACGAAAUGGAGGACGAUCUGCCAACCGAGUAUGAUGUAAUAGUGGUAGGGACAGGUAUGACAGAAUCUAUUGUUGCUGCUGCUGCAAGUCGAAUAGGCAAGAAAGUGUUGCAUUUAGACAGCAAUGAGUAUUAUGGUGGGUUGUGGGCCUCCUUCAAUUUUGAUGGGCUUCAAAAAUGGAUGGAGGAGUGCCGGCAACCCAACAAACCUUCUGAAACAGUGGAUACUUCAAAAGCAAAGGAAGGAGAGAAAUUGGUGAAAGCUGGUAAUCAAUUUUCUACAGUCAGCAAUCUUGAAGAAAAGUGGUAUAUUUUGGAGGAAGUGGCUGAUUCUCCAGAGGGUCAGUUGUCCUCUAAAAUUACACAAACUGAAGGAGAGGAACACCCUGCUUCAAAGGCAGCGGAAGGGCCGGGUGAGGGCGCGGCCAGUUCUCUGGGCGGAGAAUCUGAAAAAUUAGAGAAAGAAGGCAAUUGUGAGAAACCUGACUCAGACGAAGCCAAAGAUAAUUCUGUUCUCAAUCAAAGGGAAAACUGGAGUCAAAAUAAAUUGAAAAAAGAGUACCGUAAAUUCAACCUUGAUCUUGCUCCAAAGUUGUUGUUUGCUCGUGGAUCUUUGGUGGAACUUCUCAUAUCUUCCAAUAUUGCUCGUUAUGCUGAGUUUCGAAGUGUGACACGUGUGUUGACGUGGAUAAAUGGUCGUCUGGAGCCUGUGCCAUGCUCUCGAGCAGAUGUGUUUUCCACUCAAAAUGUUUCGGUCCCUGAGAAGCGCAUGCUUAUGAAGCUGCUCUCUUCAUGCCUUGAAAACGAAGAUGCAAAUAAGGAAUUUGAGGGUUUUGAGGAUAAAACGUUUGUGGAGUAUUUGAAAUCUAAAAAGCUUACUUCUAAUUUAAUGCACUAUGUCCUUUAUGCCAUUGCAAUGGCAACUGAAAACACUCUGUGUAUGGAUGGUGUGAAUCGCACACAGAGGUUUCUGAAUAGUUUGGGUCGAUAUGGCAACACACCUUUCUUGUGGCCCAUGUAUGGGAGUGGAGAAAUUCCUCAGUGUUUUUGCAGACUUUGUGCUGUUUUUGGAGGACUGUAUCAUUUGAAACGUGCUGCUGAUGCCAUUAUUAUUGAUGCAAAUGGAGAGAAAUGCAUAGGCAUUAUGUCUGGCCAACAGCAUCUUGAGACUGCUAACUUAGUGAUGGGAGUUGGAUAUGCCCCUCCUGAUUUUGUGAAGACUGCUCCUUCGGGAGGUCUUUCGAGAGGAAUAUUUGUCACUGACAGAUCAAUUCUGCCAUCUGAUAAAGAGUCAUUAACUCUUCUUCAAUUUCCUCCUUUGGAUGGUGCAAGGGAACCAGUGACUGUUAUUGAAGUUGGCCACACUACAAAUGCUUGCCCAAAGGGUUUAUAUGUGGUGCACAUGACAUGCAAACAACAAACUACUGCAUGUGAAGAUCUGAAGGCAGUUGUAGAGCACCUCCUUCAUGUGGAGUUUUCUGAUGGGACGGUUGCUCGAAUUGACACCGAUAUGAAGGCUACUCAAACUGCUCAUCAGGAGGGCAGCAGUGCAGAGAAUCCGGAAGGUGCAGAUGCUUCUGGCGAGAGACCAGCUGCCUUGAAACCGCAGGUGCUGUGGUCUCUUUUCUUCAAUUGCCCAGAGACGUCUCAGUGUGACUUCUCUGCUGAUGUGCCCUCAAAUGUGUUCUUGUGUUCUGGGCCUGACCUGGAUUUGGAUUUUGAGUUCUCCGUGAAGCAGGCUAAAGAAAUCUUCACCAAAAUGUACCCCGAAAGCGAAUUUUUGCCCCGAGCUCCAGACCCAGAGGAAAUUGUUUUGGAAGGAGAAGAAGGAAGCGGGGAAGGAGCCGAGCAGAAAGAAGGGGAAGAGCAGGGAGAUGCACAAGAAGGGCCGAAAGAGGCUCAGUCAGAGGAGUAAAGGGAGUGGAUGAGAUAUCUCACCCUGCCCAACCUUCUACAAGUUCAGACGAGUCUAGUGACUGAAGAUACCAUACAGAAUUGUUUGAAUCCUUAGCUUUGCAUUACCAAGUGUUGUUAAAGGAAACAAAGCACUCAUAAGGAACUAGUUAUAAACCAUGUAUAGCUAAUGCCAAAUUCUGACUUUUUGUUCAGUGCUUUUGAUGUUUGGAUUAUAUUACUCUGCUAUUCAUUCUAGUCAAUCUCAUGUUUGAUUUACACUAUUGUCUGACACAAACAAUUCCAAGCUUAAAAGCUCAACAACAAAGAAACACUCAGGAUGAUGCAUAGAAAAACAAUCCAGUGUGUUGCUCUUUGAAGCUUGAUUAUUUAUGGUGUGAUUAUCUUUUAAUGAAAUGAUGCAUUCCAAACUUGUUUGUGAAAACAUGAAAGUACCAUGUAUGUGAAUAAUUUGUUGUUUGCCAAUUUUCAAUGUUCUUCUGCACCCCAAUGUUAAUGGAAAUAUUUGUAUUUUUCACUACACGUUGGAUUCCUUGCAGAGAAGCGAUGCCUUAACUAAGCUAGUGCUGCAAGAUCAAAUUGCUUGUACUGUGAUGGUCUUUUUCUUGUGGAUAUGUUUGGAUCCACAAAUGGGAAGUAUUUAUGAAUGUUUUUGAGGAUAACACUAUUUUGUAUGCAUUAUUUUGCUAUGAACAUGCUCGACAAAUGACUUGUCUGCAUAAUGAAAUUGAAUAACAUGGUUAUUAAACACAGUACUAGAUCACUUUAUGUCCUAUGCUUUUUAUAUGCACAAAUAUCUCGAGCAAUUAGAAGAAUUGCUAGAUUCUCACAAAAGACCAAAAAAUAUUUGUGCCUCGGUGGUGUUGAAAAAGCAAGAGUAACCCAAGUGUGAAAUUCAGAUUCAUUUUGGUACGUUUCUCUCUUCUGUAUUCCUGCUUACUAGGAUUUGGGAAUUGCUGUACUGAGAAAAACUUGAAUGUCAGCUGUGAAGGGAACAUAUACUCAUUCUUUAGCUGCCAAUGCAGAAAUAGGACUCCUGCAAAUGAAGCUUAUGGAGGUGGUAUGUUUGUUUUAAUUUGUUGAAGAAUGGAAAACCUUUUAUCUCUUGGAACAAUCUAUUUGCAAAUGGUGAAGUGUUGCAUAAUUUAAUGUUACUAUGGCCAUUGUGUAAUUGUUGUAUACCCCUACUUGAAUAAACAAUAGAUU